AUGGGCGAGCGGUAUCAGUCUCUGCUGCAUCCGGAGCUAUUGGUCAGCUCGUUGGUCAGUUUGCAAAGACCGCAGGUUGUUACAUUGUUGGGAGUGCAGGGUGCAAAGAAUUUGAUGGUUCAGUUAUUGGUCAGCUCGUUGGUCGAUUUCCUGAAGAACAAAUUGGGGUUUGACGAAGCAUUCAACUACAAAGAAGAGCAAGACUAUGAUGCAGCGUUGAAGAGGUACUUCCCCGAUGGCAUAGACAUCUACUUUGACAACGUGGGAGGAAAGAUGCUCGAAGCGGUGCUAAACCACAUGAGACUCCACGGCCGUGUUGCUGUUUGUGGGAUGAUCUCCCAAUACAGCCUUGAGCAGCUCGAAGGCGUCCACAACUUGCUUAACCUAUUGACAAAACGGAUCCAUAUGGAAGGAUUUAUCAUUUCCGACCAAUACCAUAUCUACCCGAAGUUCCGGAAGAUGGUUGUGCUCUAA